CGAGAAGCGAUCGCUCACAUUCCGGAGAACGCGAUAAUCAUCGAUGUCGCGCCGCAUUGCCAGUUGCAGGCGAUCCUGCGUAGAUCGCUACCACCGACGGUGAUCAACGUCAGCCUCCAAAAACGAAAUCAUUCAAACAACCUGGUCUUCCUGCUCUCUAAUGUGGGAAAGCUGUAUAUAGCCGGUGCGCAACCCGAUAUCUCCAAAUUGUAUCCGCCGGUCAGUUUUCCCGUCAGUCGCGGAACGCCGAUGAUCGGACCUCUGAUCAAAUGGGACCACUCCGCUACGUGGAAGGUGCCAGAUUUUAAACACAAGUCAAAAGAAUGGUCUGGGAAGUAUGUUGUGGAAAUAGAUUUAUCGAGAAAAACAGACACAUAUCUAGCGGGACAUAUAAUCGACGGGCGACUCAUAUUUCCGGCCGCUGGCUUUAUAUUGAUGGUAUGGAAAAUGUUCGCGAAACUACGCGACAUCGAUUUCGAGCAAAUGUCAGUCAUCUUCAGGAACCUGUGGUUCCAGCGGGUUACUUUCUUACCGAAAAAGAAAACGAUCAAGUUUUUGAUAACCAUUCUUGAAGGAAAUGGCGAUUUUGAGGUUCGCGAAGCCGACGCUGUUGUUGUCAGUGGAAAUAUCCGUGUUGCCGAGGCCAUCGAGAAAGAUCAGCUGCCUCCGCUUUCGAUGCCGCCCACCGAGUUUUUGAUGAACACUGAGGACAUUUAUAAGGAAUUGAGACUGCGCGGAUAUGAAUAUAUUGGUAUUUUCAAAGGGUUAAAAUCCUGCGAUAUUUCCGUCACCGUCGGCGAGUUACGCUGGUUCAACGAAUGGUCUUCGUACAUGGAUAAUAUGUCUCAGUUUAAAAUAUUGUCUAGCGAUCGGAGACUGGUAUACGUAUCGAAGAUCCGAUAUGUCGCGAUCAAUCCCGUUCUUCAUAAACGAUUGGUCAAUGAGUUACCGAAGGACGGCGGAUUGCCGAUAUAUCAUUAUAAAAACAUCGAUAUCGUCAAAUCGGGCGGUAUUGAAUACGGAGGUUUAAAAUUUACCACACCUCAGCGACAACAAAUUGCAAUUAAACCUAAGUACGAACGUUACGUUUUCGUGCCAUACGAAAAUCCGCGCAGCUUACUCUUGGAAGAAGAAAACCCUAUGAAUGAAAAGAUGCACGCGCUCACUGUACUGUUACAAAUCGUGUGUGAGAACAUAACGACGUCGAGAAUCAAGGCAGUGGAAAUCGCGGGCAAUCGAGCCGCGAAUAGCCUCUUAGCGCCGCUUCUACUCAAUAUUCUCCAUGCCGAGCCCUUAGUCACCAUUGACCUACAGGUAGCCAACAGUUUCGCAUGCAAUUACACAAGUUUCAACCAAAUGAACGAUGAUGCGAACGACACAUUUUCAGUUCAGAAUGUACAGCUCAUCAUAGCAGCGGAAGUUUUCUCUGGCCAAUCUUGCAUUGUUCUGAAAAAUCUGGCGGCUGCCUUAAGUUCCAAUUGCUUUAUUCUUCUAGAAGAGACCGUCACACGACCCAACUUGAAGACCACAUUAACAGAGGCAAAUCUGAUAUUGGUCGGUAAACAAAUGGACUCUUCGGGAAAAAGUUAUCUCUUAUUGAAAACACGAAGGAAGAGGAAAGAACCGAUCAUAAUACAGAUCUCGGGAGAAGAUUUCUCAUGGCUGGAAAAUGCGAAAAUGACGUUAAAAAAAUUUGACAGCGACGGUCAAGAAAUGCUUUUUAUAUCCCAAGGCGAAGAGUUACUUGGUCUAGUUGGAUUCAUGACCUGCAUCCGGCGCGAGAUCGCAAACGUGCGUUAUGUUUUCAUCCAGGACACUAAUGCUCCCAAAUUCGAUUUAUUCUCGCAAUUCUACGCGGAUCAAUUAGAAAAAGGACUAAUGGCUAAUGUGUUGAAGGAAGGUGAAUGGGGCAGUUAUCGGCACUUGCACAUAGAUUGGCAUAGCGACGUGCGAGUAGAGCAUGCCUAUGUGAAAAUACUGACAACGGGAGAUUUGAGUAGCCUGAAAUGGAUUCAAAGUUCAUUAACAUAUCAGACGAAAUAUUCAAAUACACUUUGCAGUGUGUACUAUGCGUCGUUAAACUUUAGGGACAUUAUGCUGGCGAUCGGUAAACUAUCAACGAAUGCUCUUUCAUCGUUAGGACUUGCUACAGAGGAUUAUGAAUUAGGACUAGAGUUUUCCGGGAGAGACGCAAACGGUUGUAGAGUGAUGGGUUUAACCAGAGGAUUAUCUAGAGGAUUGGCGACCACCGUGUUGCCGGAUACCGGUUUUCUUUGGAAGGUACCCGACAAAUGGACGUUGGAGCAGGCGGCGACAAUACCGAUCACUUAUGUGAUCAGUUACUAUGCUCUAUUUGUACGAGGUAAAUUGAAGAAGGGCGAGAGCGUGUUGAUACAUUCCGGUGCGGGUGGUGUCGGCCAAGCGGCGAUCGUCAUCGCCCUACAUGCUGGCUGCACGGUCUUCACCACCGUCGGCACGCCGGAAAAACGGCUGUAUCUCAAAAAGACCUUUCCGCAAUUGACCGAUAAGCACAUUGGCAACUCCCGAGAUAUGAGUUUCGAACGGCUGAUCCUUGACAAUACGCACGGACGUGGAGUUGAUGUGGUAUUGAACUCGCUGGCAGAAGAGAAACUGCAUGCCAGCAUACGAUGCCUUGCGACAAACGGUCGCUUCCUCGAGAUCGGGAAAUACGACAUGUUGAAUGCCAACCGCAUAGAGAUGUCGAUAUUUUUAAGGAACAUUUCUUUCCACGGUAUACUCUUAGAAUCGCUGCUUGAAGACAGCGAAGACAAGCGAGAAACGAUUAGGCUGGUUUCGGAUGGAAUCGAGAAUGGCGUAGUGUGUCCAUUACCGACGACAGUAUUUCCAAAGCGAAGCCUCGAGCAAGGAUUCAGAUUUAUGAUGACGGGCAAGCAUAUCGGCAAGGUACUACUGAAGAUUCGAGACGAAGAGCCGCGAAAAUGCAUGUUGCCGAUGCCGAGGACGAUGACAGCUGUACCGUGUACCUACAUGAAUCCGGAGAAAUCGUACGUACUGGUCGGUGGUCUCGGUGGAUUCGGUCUGGAACUGACCAAUUGGAUGAUCGCUCGCGGCGCUAGAUUCAUCGUUCUCGUGUCGCAUACCGGCAUACGCACCGGUUACCAGACGUCACGCGUCCAACAUUGGCGCGAGAAUGGCAUUAAAAUCAUUAUUUCUACAGCGGACAUUACGACGUUUUCGGGCGCCGAACGUUUGAUCGACGAGAGUAAUCGGCUGGCUCCGGUAGGCGGUAUAUUUAAUCUGGCCGUCGUGUUACGCGAUGCUUUGUUUAACAACCUGCAGGUGGCCGACUUCGAGGCUGUAGUCUUGCCAAAAGUCAACGGUACGAGAAAUCUAGACGCGACAUCGAGAAAGUCCUGUCCGUCAUUAGACCAUUUCGUCGUGUUCUCAUCCAUAUCGUGCGGCCGGGGUAAUCCGGGUCAAUCCAAUUAUGGUCUCGCAAAUUCGGCCAUGGAGAGAAUGAUGGAGAAGAGACAUGCUGCCGGUUUGCCCGGUCUUGCUAUUCAAUGGGGUAUUAUAGGAGACGUCGGUUUAUAUGUUGAUACAAAGAAUAAAAACAUCGAGACAAGUAAUAUUUUACCGCAACGUAUGACCAGCUGCCUUGCUACCCUGGACAUUUUUCUUCAGCAACCGUAUCCGAUAUUAUCGUCCAUGGUAGCCAAGAAACACAAAUCCGCGAAUAACAGCAGCAAAGUUGAUUUUAUUCAAGUUGUUGCCAAUAUCCUCGGUAUUGAAAACGUCAAUUCAAAAAAUGUCGAUGAUAACCUCGACAAUUUUGGUAUCGAUUCGCUGGGUUACUCGGAGCUAAAACAGAUUCUUGAGAAUGAAUAUGAUAUCAUAUUAUCGUUCCAAGAGAUAUAUGCCUUGACAAUACGCAAAUUACUAAAUUUAUUACCGGCAAGCUAUGUGUCUCGCGAUUCUUCAACAAGUUAAAAAAAUGCAAAGAUGAUCGCAAGUCUCCUACAUAUACCUUUUAAUUUUUUAAAUAUUCUUUGUUUAAAACACUUCUUUCUAAUAUCUAAAUAAUAAUAAUGAUUGUAUUUUACUGCAGUUUAUACAAAUCGCUAAGUGCGUAUAAAUUAAUUAUACGACUGUAUUAAAAGAAUCAGCUGUAAAGAAUUAUUUCAUAUUUUAAUGAGCUUUAAUUAUUAGCGACGUUAAGUUUUUCAUGAUUUUAUGGUCACACGGUUGAAGGUAACAUAAAAAUUGUUGUUAAAAGUU